GGGCUUUUUUUUCGUCGAUGUGUCGUCGGUCCCAUAUCGCCUCUGCACCUGGACCUGAUUUUCCUGCUGCUACACACCAUACCUCAUGCCUCUUUCCAGUCGAAAUGGGGCCGUCCAUGGGGUCAUCUCUGGAGAUUCUGGAGAUUCUGGUUGGAGCGUGGGCGAAAAGGCGGGGAUCGCCCCGCAGAGUGAGUGAGGAGGGGGGCGAGGCGCUGCUGCGAGGGGAACGAGGAAUGGGUUGCGAGAACGAGUUUGGAUUUGGAGGGGAAGGCAGAUGGGGGGGAAGGGGGACUUGGGGCGUACCGAUAAAGGUCGAGGUGCUCGAGGAGUCUCCGUCGUCGUUGACACGCUCCUACCAUGUUUAUAUUAUUCGCCCGUCGUCGGAUGCCCGUAUCGUAUCGUAUCGUAUCGUAUGUAUCGCAUGUAUGAAGGCUCGUACGUACGUGAUCUAGGUCUUGGUUCACAUAUAGCUCUUUUCUUCACUCUGUCUGUCUCUGUCUUUCGUUCUCGUAGCCUCAAAUACUCGUAUCUUACAAAGCUCAAUUCAUAUCAUCUCACCCC